AUGAACGUCGUCCUCUGCUCCCUGGUCCUUAUUGGCUCAUGCUCGGCCUUUGAGGACCUGGUCCCACGACCAGGACCGCCGAAUCCAUCCUGGGCACUCGUCGUCCUCCGCAACCAAAUGCACGCCUUCCAAGGAGUGAUCAGAAGCCGAAACAAGCACAUUCUGCCGAAAAUCUUCAACCUAACCGAAGGGACCGACGCGGAAAUGGACAAUAUCUUCGAUGCCAAUCGGGACCUCAAGUUCAACGCAAAGUCGGCGCAUUACGUGGACCUUCAAGAGAUCCACGGAUACGUGGAGGUGGUCCCGAAAAGCUUGGUCCGAGUGUUCCUGAAAUCCCGGCCGAGCAGUCCCACCGGUUGGAUCAUUGUGGAAAUGGUGAAGCAGGAGCAAAAGCUCAAAUCUUUCAUUGAUAUUGAUGGUCAAGAGAAAUAA